GUCCAGCCCCGCGCCGCACUGGGACGGCGACGGCGGCGGCGGGAGGCAGAGCCCGGCCCAGCGAGGAGGCGGCGGCGGCGGGGAGUGAGCGAGGACCGCUGAGGGAGCGGGCGGAGCUCCGCCCCUCCCCUCGCCGAGCCUCCCUCCCCCUGCCCUUCCUCCCGCUCCCUCCCCCCCCCGCCUUCCCCUCCUCCUCCGCCUCCUCCCCGCACGCGCCAGGCGGAGAGGCUGCGAGGGAGCCCCGGGUACAACAUGGCGGAGCACUCGGCCCCCGACAACAAGCACAAACCCGCCGCCAACUCCGUGGCGCCGCUCAACAGCCGCGGCGGGGCGGGCGGCGGCGGCGCGGCGGCGGCGGCUGCCGGCGGCCCCCCGGCGGGCGGAGGCGGCCUGUCGGGGGGCCUGUCGCAGCCGGCGGGCUGGCAGUCGCUCCUCUCCUUCACCAUCCUCUUCCUGGCCUGGCUGGCCGGCUUCAGCUCCCGGCUCUUCGCCGUCAUCCGCUUCGAGAGCAUCAUCCACGAGUUCGACCCCUGGUUUAACUAUAGAUCAACACAUCAUCUUGCAUCCCAUGGGUUUUAUGAAUUUUUAAAUUGGUUUGAUGAAAGAGCAUGGUAUCCACUGGGAAGAAUAGUAGGUGGAACUGUGUACCCAGGACUAAUGGUGACAGCAGGCCUUAUACAUUGGAUUUUAAAUAUGCUUAAUGUGACAGUCCAUAUAAGAGAUGUAUGUGUGUUCCUAGCACCAGUUUUUAGCGGCCUUACAGCUAUUUCUACUUUCCUGCUCACCAGAGAACUGUGGAACCAGGGAGCAGGGCUUUUAGCUGCCUGUUUUAUUGCCAUAGUUCCAGGUUACAUAUCCCGAUCAGUAGCAGGAUCAUUUGACAAUGAAGGCAUAGCUAUUUUUGCACUGCAGUUCACAUACUAUUUAUGGGUGAAGUCUGUGAAAACUGGGUCGGUCUUUUGGACAAUCUGCUGCUGUCUAUCCUACUUUUACAUGGUCUCUGCAUGGGGUGGUUAUGUUUUCAUCAUCAACCUUAUUCCACUGCAUGUGUUUGUUCUGUUGCUGAUGCAGAGAUACAGCAGGAGGGUCUACAUUGCAUAUAGCACUUUCUACAUCGUGGGAUUAAUAUUAUCGAUGCAGAUACCUUUUGUGGGAUUUCAGCCAAUUAGAACAAGUGAACACAUGGCAGCUGCAGGUGUUUUUGCACUGCUGCAGGCGUAUGCAUUUUUGCAGUACCUGAGAGACAGAUUAACAAAGCAAGAAUUUCAGACGUUGUUCUUCUUGGGUGUCUCACUAGCUGCUGGUAUUGUAUUCCUGAGUGUCAUCUAUUUGACAUACACAGGUUAUAUUGCUCCUUGGAGUGGCAGAUUUUAUUCAUUGUGGGACACUGGGUAUGCGAAAAUUCACAUCCCGAUCAUUGCCUCUGUGUCUGAGCAUCAGCCUACAACAUGGGUUUCCUUCUUUUUUGAUCUGCAUAUUCUCGUGUGUACUUUCCCAGCAGGGCUGUGGUUCUGUAUCAAAAACAUCAAUGAUGAAAGAGUCUUUGUUGCUCUGUACGCAAUCAGCGCCGUUUACUUUGCUGGUGUGAUGGUUCGGCUGAUGCUCACUUUGACUCCAGUGGUCUGCAUGCUGUCUGCAAUUGCUUUCUCCAAUGUCUUUGAGCGUUAUUUGGGGGAUGAUAUGAAGAGGGAAAAUCCACCAAUAGAGGACAGCAGUGAUGAGGAUGACAAAAGGAACCCUGGCAACCUGUAUGAUAAGGCAGGCAAAGUGAGAAAACAUGUAUCUGAACAGGAAAAAACAGAAGAAGGACUGGGUCCCAAUAUCAAAAACAUUGUUACUAUGCUGAUGCUGAUGUUGUUGAUGAUGUUUGCUGUUCACUGUACCUGGGUAACUAGCAAUGCGUACUCCAGCCCCAGCGUUGUUCUUGCUUCCUAUAACCAUGAUGGCACCCGGAAUAUCCUAGAUGACUUCAGAGAAGCCUAUUACUGGCUGAGACAAAACACAGACGAGCACGCCAGAGUGAUGUCGUGGUGGGACUAUGGCUAUCAGAUAGCAGGAAUGGCUAACCGGACAACCUUGGUUGAUAACAAUACUUGGAACAACAGCCACAUAGCCCUGGUGGGAAAGGCAAUGUCAUCAAAUGAGUCGGCGGCAUAUGAGAUCAUGAGAAGUCUGGAUGUGGAUUAUGUUUUGAUUAUUUUUGGUGGUGUGAUUGGCUACUCUGGUGAUGAUAUCAAUAAGUUCUUGUGGAUGGUGAGAAUAGCAGAGGGGGAACAUCCCAAAGAUAUUCGGGAAAGUGAUUACUUUACCCCUCAGGGAGAAUUCCGGGUAGACAAGGCAGGUUCUCCAACUUUGCUGAACUGCCUCAUGUAUAAAAUGUCCUAUUACAGAUUUGGAGAGAUGCAGCUGGAUUUUCGGACACCCCCAGGAUUCGAUCGUACACGCAAUGCUGAGAUAGGCAACAAAGACAUUAAAUUUAAACAUCUGGAGGAAGCCUUUACCUCAGAGCACUGGCUUGUUAGAAUAUACAAGGUGAAACAACUAGACAACAGAGAGACAUUGGAUCAUAAACCUAGAGUAACCAACAUUGUACCGAAACAGAAGUAUUUGUCAAAGAAGACCUCCAAAAGGAAGCGUGGCUACAUUAAGAAUAAACUAAUUUUAAAGAAAGGCAAGAGACCCAACAGGAAGACAGUUUAAAUACACUGUUCUGAUUGCUAAUACGAAGCAGUUGUCCUUGAGAUAACCAGUCUUUGCCUUUAGCUCGAGUCAUGUUUCACAGCAACAUGAGGGUACAGAACCAUCAUUGGUCCAGAUUAUUGUACAAAAUUUUCAGGCAAUGUCUGAUUAAAAAUAUUGGCUUAUUGAGAACAGCUGUUUUAGAUUUGUAAUGUGAAGCAAGACAGAGCUGCUAUCCAAGUCUAGCAGCAUUUUUUUUAUUGGUACAUAUUAUCCUUCAAAUCUGUUGAGAAUUUGGACUGACUGCACCAAAGAACCCUGUAAUUUGGUCCUUGGCACAUGCAUACUUGUCAAUCUUUUUUGGAAAACACUGUUCAGCUGAAUAGCAGCCAUAUGUAAACUGGAAUGGUGAAACCUAAAAAUGACUUGUUUUCAACGAUUUUAAGAGGAAGCAGAGCUCUCUGAAAUGAAACUCUCAAAAUAAGUUUCUCCCGUGAUUCUUUUUCAAUGCGUUUGGUGUUGGGUUUUUUUUCCAGUGUCCUCUUACUCUUGCUGCAGGCUGGUUUUGAUCUGGUAAGAAGCGGAGCUGCCGUUUUCACAAGAGAUGGCAGGUCAGAUUGAUUGGAUGCUGGUCCAGAUUGGCCAAGCUGCUUUAGUUGCGCAGGGGCUUGCAGCAUCCCUGCCUUACACUGGCAUUUCCCAAGGUAGACACGGCCAGCCUUGCACGCCGUAGAUACAAGGGCUAAAUCUGUAUCCUCCUGACAAAAAAAAAUCUGAAACGACAGUAAUGAAUGCUACAGUAACACACGCCUGAGCACCGUGUAGCGGCGGGUGCUUCAGAACAGAAAAUAAAGUAUUUUAGGUAAAUGUUUACAUUGGUACGGCAAGUAUAGCCUGUUUAAUGGGAAAGAAAAAAAAAGAAAAAAAAGGUUGACAGGUAUACAAACCCCCUUUUCUGUGGCUCUCGGAGGUGGAGGAUUUGCGAACCUCUGCUCCCCUCUCACUGCCUUUCUUGUGAGGGCAAAAGUUUUUCUGGAAAUCUGUUUCUCUGCAUUUUUAUUUAGAGUGCUUAAAUCAAUUGAAGAAAUUCCUGCUAUAGUGCUAUUUGCUUUGUCUGUCUUUUAUACUGUUUUUUUUAAAGGAAAAAAACAAAAAGUGGUGAAAACUGUCAGAUUAAAUGCACUAAAAUACAAAUGGAGACUGAACACGUUCACUUUCCAGCUAUAGGAAAACUUUAUAUCGACUUGAAAAUUUUCUUUAAUUAAAAUGAAAGGGUUUUGCAGUUUGUUUUCCUGCCACAGGUUGUAACUUUUUAUAGAAACAAAACUUGCAUCAUUAAUUUGAUGUAAAAUGCAGAAUAGUAUGUACCUUUCAUGAAGAAAAUGUAAAUUUACAGUGUUCUGUGAGAAUGUUACUGCUGACUUCUUUCCCAAGGUGUAGAAUAUUUUUUUUGAUUUAUGAACUCAUUUUUGACUCCGAUGGUUUAUACAGACCAAUACUACAGCUGCAACAUUUUCACAAAGGUAAUUAAAUCUGGAUUUCUGGCCCCCUGGCGUUUGGAGAUUUCAUUUUAUUUUGUUGCUUUAAAGCUCAAUGCAGACCAGUUGUUGACUGUAGGGGAAAAUAAAGUUAAUUCAAGUUUUGUGUUAA